CUGCACAUGGAAGGCGCGCUCACCGCCAGAGACAAGGUCGGGGUGCAGGAUUUUGUGCUGUUGGACGCCUACACCAGCGAAUCCGCUUUUCUGGACAAUCUUCGCAAGCGUUUCAGCGAGAACCUCAUCUAUACCUAUAUUGGGACGCUCCUUGUGUCUGUGAACCCGUACCAGGAGCUUGGAAUCUACACUGUGAGCCAGAUGGAACUUUAUCAAGGGGUCAAUUUCUUUGAACUGCCACCACAUAUCUACGCCAUAGCUGACAACGCUUACCGCAUGAUGUGCUCUGAGCUAAAUAACCACUUCAUCCUCAUUUCUGGAGAGAGCGGGGCAGGGAAAACAGAGGCCUCCAAGAAGAUUCUCCAGUAUUUUGCUGUGACCUGCCCAAUGACCAAGUCGCUACAAAUAGCCCGUGACAGACUGCUGCUCUCCAAUCCAGUGUUGGAGGCUUUUGGAAAUGCCAAAACACUCCGGAAUGACAACUCCAGCAGAUUUGGAAAAUACAUGGACAUACAGUUUGACUCUAAGGGCGUUCCCGUAGGUGGGCAUAUCAUCAGUUACCUGAUAGAAAAGUCUCGCGUCGUCUAUCAAAACCAGGGCGAGAGGAAUUUCCACAUCUUCUACCAGCUGCUGGAGGGUGGCGAAGAGGAGCUCCUUGCUUCCCUGGGACUUGAGCGGGACCCCCAGCUGUACAAAUACCUCUCACAGGGUCACUGUGCCAAAGAGUCGUCUAUUAACGACAAGAACGACUGGAAAACUGUUUCCAGUGCCUUUUCUGUCAUCGAUUUUACUGAAGACGACCUCGAGAAUCUCUUUGGAAUUAUUGCCAGCGUCCUACACCUGGGGAACAUCUGUUUCGAAGAAAACCACCAAGGCUGUGCCACCGUACCAGACACCCACGAGAUCAAAUGGAUCUCCAAGCUCCUGGGGGUCCACCCAUCCAUCCUUCUGGAAGCUCUCACCCACAGAAAGAUCGAAGCGAAAACUGAGGAGGUAAUAUGCCCAUUGACACUAGAGCUCUCUGUCUACGCUAGAGAUGCAAUGGCCAAGGCCGUUUAUGGACGGACGUUUACUUGGCUGGUCAACAAAAUCAAUUCCUCCUUAGUGAACAAGGAUUUCACCAAGAAAACUGUGAUCGGCUUGCUGGAUAUCUAUGGGUUCGAGGUCUUCGACAAGAAUGGUUUUGAACAGUUCUGCAUCAAUUAUUGCAACGAGAAACUCCAGCAGCUGUUAAUUGAGAGAACACUGAAGGCGGAACAGGCAGAAUAUGAAAUGGAAGGUAUAGAGUGGGAACCAAUUCAGUAUUUCAACAACAAGAUCAUCUGUGAUUUGGUGGAAGAGAGACACAAAGGGAUCAUUUCCAUUCUGGAUGAAGAAUGUAUCCGUCCUGGUCCCGCUACAGACUUGAGUUUCCUGGAGAAAUUGGAAGAGAAAGUAGGCAAGCAUGCACACUUCCAAACCCGGAAGCUGGCGGGGCCAAAGGGCCGGAAGAGGAUUGGCUGGAUGGAGUUCCGGCUCUGCCACUAUGCGGGGGAGGUCACGUACUGCACGAAAGGAUUCUUAGAAAAAAACAAUGAUCUCCUCUACAGACAUCUGAAAGAAGUGCUGUGCAGGUCCAAAAACCGCAUCCUGAAGGAAUGCUUCCUGGUGGCUGAGUUAGAAAACCGGAGAAGGCCGCCAACGGUGGGGACUCAGUUUAAAAACAGCCUGAGCAGCCUUCUGGAAAUCCUGAUCUCUAAGGAACCUUCGUACAUCCGUUGCAUCAAGCCCAAUGACAGGAAAGAACCCAGCAAGUUUGACGACUUGCUCAUAAGGCAUCAGAUCAAGUAUCUGGGGCUGAUGGAGCACCUGCGGGUGAGACGGGCGGGCUUUGCAUACCGGCGGAAAUACGAGCAUUUCUUGCAAAGGUACAAGUCCCUGUGCCCAGACACCUGGCCGCACUGGCAUGGGCCUCCAGCAGAGGGCGUGAAACGGCUGAUCCGGUAUAUUGGCUAUACACCGGAGGAGUACAAGUUAGGGAGAACCAAAAUAUUCAUUCGUUUCCCCAGAACUCUGUUUGCUACUGAAGAUGCCUUUGAAUUUAGUAAACAUCAAUUAGUUGCGAGGAUCCAAGCCAAAUACAAAGCCUGCCUAGAAAGGAGAGAGUAUGUGAAAAAAAGACAAGCAGCCAUCAGACUUGAAGCGCACUGGAGAGGGGCCCUGGCUCGGAAGGCGGCCCAAAGGAGAACGUGGGCUGUGCGGACCGUGAGGAAGUUCAUAAAGGGAUUCAUCAACCGCAACAAACCCCUCUGCCCCGACAACGAGGAGUUUAUCGUGUUCGUGCGGAAGAAUUACAUCUUGAAUCUUCGGUAUCAUGUCCCAAAGAAUGUCUUGGACAAGAGCUGGCUGAGGCCUCCUGGCAUCUUGGAAAAUGCAUCGGACCUGCUCAGGAAAAUGUGCACAAGGAACCUGGUCCGGAAGUACUGUUGCGGGAUCACGGCCGAGAGGAAAGCACUGAUGCAGCAAAAGGUGGUUACAAGUGAACUCUUCAGGGGAAAGAAAGAAGGUUAUGCAGAAGUCUUAAGCCAGCCCUUUGCCAAUAGUCGGAUCGAUGAAGGAGACAUUAAUCCCAAAGUGCUUCAACUCAUUAGCACUGAGAAAAUCCAGUACGGUAUCCCAGUCAUUAAAUAUGACAGGAAAGGCUUCAAGGCCCGGCAGCGCCAACUCCUCCUUACCCAGAAAGCAGCUUACGUGGUGGAGCUUGCCAGAAUCAAGCAGAAAAUAGAAUACCCAACCCUCAAAGGUGUCUCUACUAGCAGCCUCAGUGACGGCAUCCUGGUCAUUCACGUCUCGCCGGAGGACCACAAACAAAAGGGGGAUGCCAUCUUACGGUGUGAGCACGUCUUCGAAGCAGUCACAAAGCUUGUCAUGCUGCUGAAGAGGGGGAACGUUGUGAAUGUCGUCCAGGGAAGUUUACAGUUUUAUAUCAGUCCUGGAAAAAAAGGCACGAUUGUUUUCGACACAGGACCGGAAGAACAAGUCUAUAAAGAUAAAAACGGACAGUUAACAGUGGUGAGUGGCUGUGGCGAGAGGUGUGUUACUUGAGAAUAUAGAUUAGAAUGAGACCAAUGGCAGCUCUCCUCUAGACUGUUCGUGUCUCCCUCUAUGCCCGACUCUACAUCAAGACAACCGGAAGGUACGGACGCCAGAGACACACACUCACGGAAUGAAAGGGUUUGGAGAAAGCAAGUUUACCUCUCAUUUGUAGGUGUUAGUGAACAGGACGGUGACGUUAAAUCCUUCUCGGUUUUAAAUGCUAAAGCCAACUUUACCCUGGAUGGCAAAGGCCUUAGUCCUUAUUGUGUCUGUCUCCGACGAUGGACUCUCCUGGUGAGCUUCGGAAAACACCCGUGCCUGAGUCUCGGCCCUGGACGCUGUGAUGUGACUGGUGGGGGAGCCAUGCCGGGUCUGAAGAGCACAGCUGACUGCUGUCUGGUUCAGUCCAGGCUGGGUGCUCAGCGCUUAGUCCUCCC